AUGCGAUCUCAAUAUCUCAUUCGAGGCAAUGUGCCCUUGAAGAAAUUGUCGGAUCAGGAAACCUACAUUUUCUCACCACGACCGAUUAUAUCGCUGAGAGGCCUCUCUAGAUAGAUGUUUUUACUGCACAUGGCUGGCUCGAGUGACUUUACAGUGACCGAACGCCGUAUUCGCCUGCACUCUCCUGCCAUUGACUUCAUCGACACGAUCCUGCCCCGAUACCACGCAAUUUCUGAGCACCCAGAUAUCGUAUGUGACGGCGUCUCAAAGAAGUUUGCUGCUGUCGUGGCCCCAGUCGACGCGACCGGAGGCAGAACUCAGGCCGCAAUCACGCCCCAGCUGGCUGUACGCCAACUCCCAACAGAAGUGGAGGACAUGAAGUUUUGGGAGCCAAUAUGGCCGAAGGCUAUAGCUCGCCUUAAAGAGACCGUCGAGGCUCCUCAUCGGAAAGAAAAAGGAUGCAGCAUUCGAGAGACCAAGACGUGGGCGGAAAUCCAAGAAGUUCUCGAAAGAGCCCGGAACGAAUAUGAGGGCAUCAAAACGAGCCCCAAACUGUAUCAAAAAGUGUUCAAGAAAGUUAAGGGACAAGGCCGUCUUUGGAGCGAAAAGGUUGCAACGCCCGUCCAGCAGUUCAUCAAAAUCAUGCCCAACCAUCCUGUUGCAAAUCCCGUGCUUGGUGCAGUCAAUCUUUUGAUGAAUGCAUGGAAAGAAGCGGCCAAGAUUCGGCGGGAACUCGCUGAAACCUUGGACGAGACUGCCCUGCGGUCCUUGUUCGCCGAUAUCAACAUGUAUUCGGAAAUGUACCAAGACGACCCAAACAUAAUCAGAGCUUCUGUCAACCUCUUGUCAACCAUAUUUAAAGCUGUUGAAGGAGCUAUCGGUUUCUACAUCAGCUGGCAGGUGUCUCGAAUUGGUGGUUUAACCUUCGUUGGCGAAGAGUACCUUGAACCCUUCCGCAAUUCUCUCAGACAGAUCAAGGUGGACGAGGAUAAUUUAGCGAAAGAAGCUCAGAAGACCUGUUUAUGGCAGCAGAAUGAAAUCCGUGAAUUCCAAUGCGAAUUGUGUCAUAUAGAACUUCCCCGAAUCGGGUCCGUUAACCACGACGUAGCAACUAUACAUUCAGCAGAGUCUAGGCUCCCCAUAUCCGAACCCAGAGCGCUUCCAGCCUCGGACAACAGCAUCACUCCUCAAACCCUACUCGAACUCCUCGACAGCACUGCUGUCGACGAAGAAGACAUGGACGCCAUCUUCGACAGGGCAGGGGCCUUCUCGUCUGAGGAUCGCGGGCGCGCCGAGCAGGUCGUCAGCAUGUCGGCGUUUCGCGACUUGUUUGCCAGCCCCGGAGCGAGCAAGCUUCUGGUUCACGGCGAGUACGAUAGCAAUUACCCCGAGAUAUCGCCACUGUCGGCACUGUGCGCCAGCCUUGUGCGAGCACUGCGGACCAGACCGGCGUUCGUCUGCCUCGUCUUCUUUUGUGGGCGGCAUCUGGGUCGACGUGACGACAACAAUACUGGGGUCAGUGGUCUCAUGCGCAGCUUUGUGUCACAACUCCUGCGGCAGUGUCCGUCAGUAUGCCCUGACACGUUGGGUCCGGAAAUAUCCAUGAGCGAGAUUGAGGAUGAUAAUCCCGAGCACCUUGCUAUGCUCUUUGUUGAUAUGGCUCACCGGCUGCCACAUUCGACGACGCUCGUGGUAUUAAUCGAUGGAGUUCUAUUGUACGAGAGAAAACAGCUUCGUGAGGGGCUGCACGAUGUCGUCGAUAUGCUCGUUCGACUGGCUGAAGAUGAUGAACUCAUGCACAGCACAGUCAAGAUCCUCCUGACAAGCCCGAGUGAAACAAGGACUCACGAGUUGAAUAAUACCUUCCGAGAUCAUGGCGCAGUGGUAUCGAUGAGAUCUAUGUUGGAUACUGGUCAGGGACCUAGUAGAAGUGGCGUGGCCAGAAAACUUGAGGAGGGGCUAAGCGACGGGUCAAACGCGGACGCAGAAGCAUAA